UUAAUGUAGGUAAAUCGGCCGGAGGGGUUUCCGGUUAGCUCCUCCCCUCUCCCAAAGUCCGGGGAUGUGGAAUUCUUCAGCCGCCGAACUCUAGGAACAGUUGGUGUCGUCUUCCGCGGGCUGGCUCCCCAAACUCGCCAGGCUGCCAAUUACAACUUUGCGGCGCCAUUGGCUCGAGAGGCACCUGAGGGACAAGACCGCGGACCAAUAGGAGGACGCUCUGUCCAGGCGGCUGCAGUAUAAGAGCCAGUCAGGCCUUGGUCUGGAUUUAACUCUUUAGAGGUGAGUUUGCAGUGCCUGGGAAAGUUGUCGGUAGUAAAAGUGCCACGUCUGCUAAGGAGGGAGAGUCAUGAACUUGCCAAUUGCUAUUACCCCUAAUCCUGAAGCUACGUUCUUAACUCUUUGAAGUCAGAGGCCCUUUCUGUGCUUUUGUAAAGACUCUUUCCUGCCCUACUAACAUGAGGCUCUUCUCGUGGAACGCGGUCCUGACCCUGUUAGUCACUUCUUUGAGUGGGGCUCUGAUCCCUGAACCAGAAGUGAAGAUUGAAGUUCUCCAGAAGCCAUUCAUCUGCCAUCGCAAGACCAAAGGGGGAGACUUAAUGUUGGUCCAUUAUGAAGGCUACUUAGAAAAGGAUGGCUCCUUAUUUCACUCCACUCACAAACACAACAAUGGUCAGCCCAUUUGGUUUACCCUGGGCAUUCUGGAAGCUCUCAAAGGUUGGGACCAGGGCCUGAAGGGAAUGUGUGUGGGAGAGAAGAGAAAGCUCAUCAUUCCGCCUGCCCUUGGUUAUGGAAAAGAAGGAAAAGGUAAAAUUCCCCCAGAAAGUACGUUGAUAUUCAACAUUGAUCUCCUGGAGAUUCGAAAUGGACCAAGAUCCCAUGAAUCAUUCCAAGAAAUGGAUCUUAAUGAUGACUGGAAACUCUCUAAAGAUGAGGUUAAAGUAUAUUUAAAGAAGGAGUUUGAAAAGCAUGGUGCGGUGGUGAAUGAAAGUCAUCAUGAUGUUUUGGUGGAAGAUAUUUUUGAUAAAGAAGAUGAAGACAAAGAUGGAUUUAUAUCUGCUAGAGAAUUUAUAUAUAAACAUGAUGAGUUAUAGAUAUGCAUUUGCUCAUUUUAUACAGCAUCAAGAGGGCGACCAUCUUCAAAGAAAGUCUUAUUUUUUACAAUUUUUUAACAGUGUUCUGUUCUUGCUGUUUUUUAUUUUUAUAUAUUUUUCUAAAUAUUAUUUAAAGAACCUCUUCAGGUUCUUAAGUGCCCAUUUCUUUCUGGUGAUUAUUGGGAAGAAAAAAUUAAUUUGUCUUUGAAUGGAAGACUUCUGGACCAUUUUCCACUUUCAUGUAUGAAGCCUUAUGUUUUACUUGUUUGCUUGUAAUUUUAAAAUAUUGCAA